UUCUUUAAACGCCUUUUGGUCCGACAAUAUGGUGUGUGCCACUAAACUCUCCUGACGGAAUUUAAUGGAAUUAUCGGAUUACAGUGCUGCAGCUCUGAGGCUGUACGUAUUUACUACUAUACCGACAACGCUUUCAUGCUCUGAUGCACUGUCGGGUCCUGUGGUGAUUUGAGGUCUUUUUAAAACCCUCCGUUUUGACAGCAUAGAUUAAUCUGUUAGUUAUUUACAAAAGUGAUUUUCCGUCGAGGAGUGGAGCGCAUUACGCACAGCCAAAACGCGCAAGUGGAGAUGACAACUGUAAAGCCGAAGCGGUUGAUAUCUUUGGGUUUUUGACAAUUCCCAGAGGCUCUGAAAAAGAACGGCAACCAUCUUGUUCAAAACCUUUUUUGCUAUGUCUGUCUCCUCUCUGCCGGAAUGGAAGCAACUCCUGCUGGAGAAAAAGAGGAGAGAGGAGGAGGAGCGAGAGAGGAGAGGGAAAGAGGAGGAGGAGAAGUUUGCCAGCAUGCCCGCCUGGAAGCGAGGGAUCAUCCAGCGGAGGAAGGCGAAGCAGGACAGUUUGGGUGACAGAGAAAAGGAUAGAGAUGUGUGUCUGCUGCAGGUCGAUGUCAGAUCUGAUAGUCUAAGUGACAUAGACAGCUUUGUGACGGUCAGUUUAGGAAGCGAAUCGUCACUUAGUCCAGAUCCAGGGCAAUGGCUGGAUGCAGAACUCAAACCAGAGAGUCAGGUGUCCAUAGAAACUAUAGUUCCAGUUCAUGAAAACCCAUUUAUUCGCACACAGAGUGCAUGGAGAAAGGGCAGGGAUGCAGAAGGGGGGAACGAGCCGGAAGUUAAGGAGAGGGAGAAAGAGAAAUUGAGCCCCAGGGGUCAAGAUGGGGAGUCAGGAAGAGAAAGAGAUAUAGAGCUGAAAAUAGAGAGAUUCAGAGAUUUAAGUGAGGGACGGGAAAAAGAGAGGAGCAGGGACAGGAGUCAAGGAAGAGAAAGAGAGAAUAGCAACCAAUGGAAAGAGUCAAUUAAAGAUGCAGUCAGGGAGCGGGAAUUCCUUAAAGUAAGGAGAGACGAGGAGGAAAAAGAAACAGAUCCGCCAUCUAGUUCGUUUUCUCCCCACGUCCCUUGUCUUCGGACUAUCCGAGCCGACAAUAUCAUCAUCAUCGAACAGGACAGGAAGGGCAGCGAUGAGAGACGGGGUAGAUGGAGGGAGACGGAGAGGGAGAGGCCCGAGGAGGACCAGGGGAAGAGAGGGAUGAAGAUGGAUUUGAGGGAGAUCCUGGCCGGAGGAGGGAGCAUCACUGAGAUCCGAGCCUCUGAGGUUCUGAUCAUAAAGCCCUCGGCAAGCCCUGAAGAAAGGAGUCCAGAAGGAGGAGGGAGAGGUUCUGGUAGAGAUGAUGGAGAGAUAAAGUGCAGCAUGGAUGAAAGGAGGGAGAGUUUCGGCAGGGAGCUCAGAACAGACAUGUCGUGGCUGAGAGAAAAAGAGAAAGAGAGACCAUGGGGCCAGGCGACAGUUAUUAAAGACGACAGAAAGGACAGCUUGGAUGAUAACGUGUUUGUUGAUAGAGGAGGGAGGGUCAGCCAGCUAGUGAGCAAGUUCGGACAGCACCCCAAGCCUCCAUCUCGAUCCAAAAGCUCAGAUAAUUUCCUCCGGCCCGGGAGGAGAAAAUAUUCAGGAGAUGAAGAUGACCUGCAAUCUGAGGCAGAUGAGAAGAAUAUGCUGCUGAAAGGUGUGCCGAAACGCUCAUUGAGCUUCUCUGAUCGUGUCAUCUGUGCUAAAGAGAAUGGUUUAGACAACAAUGGGUAUUAUGAGAGGAAAACGCGUGAGAGGAUACAUUCAGAGAAGACCACAGCGCUGUGGGUCGACAUUGCAGGCUUAGGGAAGGAAACCACAGCAAAGAUCAAACUGGGGUGCACACCGCUUUUAGAUAAAGACCGGUCUGGAAACCAUAGAGAUGGACAUUUAAAACAUGAGGAUGAAAAGGGGGGGCCCAUGCAGAGGAGAAACGAAGAAGAAAUGUGUUUCUCCAUCCAACACAGGAGCGAAGUUAAGAAAGUGGAGCCUGUUGACACGAGGGCUGCAGAAAGGACAUGUGAUGCAGAUGGAGACGAGGGGUUCACGGUGGCAUCGGUCAAAAACACAGAGGGAAUCUCGUUUGCUAGAAGAGUUGCGAUCAGGCAGGACGGGAAAGCAAGAGCUCAAAGAGAGUUGAAGCGACAGACAGGUGAUACAAAUUUAGAAAAGGAGAUGAGUGUAGAAAAAGAUUCAGAGGCGGGAGGACAGAUUGAGGCGCAAGUUUGCAACAAAAACGUGUCCGAUUUUCGGAAAGAGGAGGGAUUCGAAAGAACAAUUCCACCUGAAACUUUGCAGAAGAGUCACGUUGAAUCCGCUUUCACAGAGUGCUCCAGUCUACUCUGUGCUGUCACAGAUAGGGCUAGGGACCCACACAGAGGGCCAGAGUGGAUUGGUACAGGGCCACAAGGACCUUACCUAACACACUCUGUUUUGUCCCAACACACAGAGGAGCUUAUAAGUAAAAUAGAGAAAAUAGGAGACACAACUGUUUAUAGCAACGAGAAAGGAGAAAGGGCUUACAAGGCUUCGUGUGAAAUUACCAAAGGAUCAGAUCAGGAUCUCGGAUUGGAGAACCUUAUUCAUGAUGUAACUCCCAGAUCUCCGAAAAGGAUUGCACCCAUGGUGAUCCCUCCAGGUCCCCUCGAGAUUCAAAUCCCCAGAAGUGUGUUUUACGUUGCAGAAGAAAUGGUGGAGAGAAAAAAGGCUGUGGGUCAAAGCAACAAGGGGCAAGACUGGGACGGAGGGAAAGGGGUCGAGAGGAGGGAUAGCUGGAGGAUAGGAAAACCCCUGAGCCGCAUCGAGUCCCUGCGAGAGAAAAUCAGGCAAAGAGAGCUGGAGAGGCUGAGACAAAGAGAGGCACAAGAUGGAGGCGGGAGGGAAGGUGCAGAGAUAAACGACACUCAGACAGCUGGGGACAGGCAGAACGAGAGAGGAACUGAAAUAGAGAAAGAGUGGGAAGCUGCAGCUCAUAUGCGGAAGAGGCUGGUCGAAGCAGAGAGGGGACAGGAAGAUGCAGCAGCACAGACAUCCACCACUGUAUUUGACGUCACACAGGAAGUCACCAUGUUGAAAACCUGCCCUCAACUUCCUGCUUCUGUCCCACACUCACAAGCUGUCGGAGCAGAGGAAGUAACGAGCGGGUACACCACGGCUGCCUCUGAAGUCGUCUCUGACAGCUUCCAGAUAUCUGAGGAUGAAAACAACCCCCUGAAACAUGUGGAAGAAGAGCUGAGGCGCCACCGGGGUCAAUACGGGAACAGAGAAGAAGAAGAAGGGGAGGAGGAGGAGGAGGAGAAGAAGGAAAAGGAGCUCUCAGAAGAGGAGGGAGAGGAAUAUACAUCGCCUGUGCAAUCACUCUCCCCUUUGCCGCCUCAUCCCAGCUCCCUGGCAACCAUGAGUAGGAUCUACAACUUGGAGACAGUUGGCUCGAGGUCAGGCUUGUGUCUGAGGGAGAGGACUGUAGACAUCCCAUCGGUGCACCUGGUUAAAGUGAAGCCCCUUAUGUCAAGCGCACAGCAGGGGGACAGCAAAGCAUUCUCGGGUGAGGACAAUUGCGGGGUUCAGACAAUACAACGACAGAUAGAGCAGUUUCAGCUGAAAGAGCAGGAAACUCUGAAGUCUUGUAUGUCACCAAACACCCCUUUUAAGGACAGAGAGACACAGGGGCAGCAAAGCCCCAGAGGAGUGUUAAAGCACCAGGUAAAGGAUGAUGCCAAGACCCCGGAGAAAGAUCAAGAAAUGUCAGAAUUGAGCCCCAAAGUGUCUCCUUGGCGUGUUGGUUCUCCAACAUCUCAGCUCAAACAAUCUAAUCAAACUACCACCGUCACCCCGUCACUUCUCAGGAGCCCAUCCCCGGACAAUACUCUGAAACCCUCGGAUCACGCCCCGACCCCGGCCUCCUCCCCGAGCUCCCUUUCUCCUGCCCAGUCUCCUAGUGUCUCUCCAUCUCCAACCCCAUCGCCCACGCUCUUCUCUAUCAAGAGUGCCUCUGGAGGUCAAGUGAAGAGAGGUGCCACCAUCACUAUCACCCCAAAAAAGCCUGCCAGAGGAGGAGGGGCAGGGCCUACAACGGGGUCCACCGCAGUAGGGUCGAAAUCAGCAAAAACCUCAUCACAGCAGGCCCAGACGACCUCCGCUGUGGCCGAGCCAGUGAAGAAGAAGUACCCCACAGCGGAGGAGAUCAAGGUGAUUGGCGGAUAUCAGAAUCUUGAGAAGUCCUGUCUGAUCAAGAACAGAGGGUCUCCGAAAAGGGGAAAGGUGUGUUUCAACGAGGACCAGCUGGAGCAGGUGUGUGAGUACCCAUCAGAAACCUCCUUGCUGGCAAGUACCCCCCUCCCUCCAGACCUGUGGAGGACCGAGAGACUGCAGGGAGAGGAGAUGCAGGAGGAGGAGGAGGCUGAAGUGGAGGAAGGAGCGAUCGUGUCCAAAAGUACAAGGAACGUGGGGAUUGCGACGGGAGGGGGUCUAAGAGUGGGUCAGUGUCACCCCCUGCUCAAAAAACACAACGUGUAAUGAGUGAGAUUAUGGAUUCAGAUUGUUUUGCCAUUCAUGAUGUCUCACUGUGAAACUCUCCAUUGGUUUGUUUUAACUGUGUUGAACUUUACUUAAAUGAUAUGUCUGGCAAUAUUCUACUGUAUAAUUUUCUCGUUGUCAACAAAUCCUAAGAGAAGACUAAAAUCAACAUUGAAUGAUUGCAUUUCUUGUGAAGCCAACGCUUGAUUUUGUUUAUUUCUCCUCACUAAAGAGCUCUAUAUAAAAUGAGCUACACUGUUGUGGGUGACAUGUUCUUUCAUUACAAAGAACAAUCCCAUCCCACAUCUCAUAGGUGAGGUAAUGACUUGGCUUAGGGCUAAGUGCCACAGUACAGGAUGGGAAUUUAGAAAGACUUGAGGGACAGACUAAAAGCGCCAGUCAGUCAUAAUACUGUUGCUUUCCAAACUUCUUUUUGUUUUCUCUACAGUGUCCUGUCUAUAAUAACUCUUUACUGAAUUAAGUAAACCUUUCUGAGCUAGUGAGCUUGCUAAAUGUUAGCAAGCUAAAUGCCACUUAUGUUAGCUCAGCCACUAACAUGACAAUAAGUUUACAGUUCAUUCAAUAGACAUGUUUGUACCAUUGACUCUUGUCUCAUAGUUGACUUCAAACUACUCUACUUUUGUGGAGCAGUUUAUACUCGGACAGAGUCAGAGAAGGUAAAUAAAAGAUAAGAGUGCAACACAGCUAAUAAGCUACAAUAGCUUCCUCCAUUUUAGACUCUGAGGCUCUCCAUUCCCAUGACCCUGAUGAAGGCCACAAGCUGAAACACGUCGGUUUUACAAUAAAGUUGUUCUAUAUACUACAGGUGUUGCUAGAGUUUUGGCCAUUUUAGACUUAUUUCCCUCUCCCCAUGCACCCUGGAAGUAGGUGUUGUGCCAGAAACACCCAUUCUGCUCUCCAUUCCCUUAAAAGCCAGUGUGAUGUCCCUCAAGUCAAGAGAGCUUGCUAUUGGCGAAUGGCACAAUAUCACAUAUAAAAGCCAAAUUAGAUGCAAAUUAGACACCCCGGCAAGCAAAUCCACUGAUUGUGACAUAGGACUAAAUAGAUUUAGCUGUGAAAUGUCAUUUUAAUUGAUGGUGUGGUGGUCUUUUCAUGGGACUUGUUGACAAUGAGAUAAAUCUGGAUUAACGCCAGCCUUCAUAAACAAACUGACCAAUUUUCAGAAUUUUUUCAAAUGUUAGUGGGUUAAACAUGUGGGCAAGCUCAGCAAAUUGAAGAAAUAAAGACAAAAAAUCCCAAAAUAACAUUGUGUUUAAAUGCAGCACUGGAAAAUGUAGAUUUGGUAAAACAAAAAAUAAAAAAGGAUGGGAAGAAGUCAGCUCCUAAAAUAAAGUAGAAUAUAAAUCUAGAUUCACCUUAUUUACCUUCCAUCUCCAUCUCUCUGUCUUCCAGAUGAGUCUUGCCCUCGGUAGAAGCCAGUCACCUUCGCCAAAAUUGACGAGAUCACCAACAUUUUGUUGAACGAUAUUACGUGAUUUUUAUUCUGUUUUGUUGAAUUGAGUGUUGAUUUGAGUGUUUGUAAUCCUCGUGGUCUUUUGUUUUUAUCUAGUAUCAGAAUGAAUGAGUGUGAAUGAAUGUACAGUUUGAUUCAUGCAGUUGAAAAAAGGAACAUACUUGUGUUGACUGGGGGAAAUAUUUCACCUGUUAUUAUUUUCAGGGAAAUUGGGACACAAAUGUGAAUGUAUAAGUACAUAAACAUAAAAAGACCCUCAGGUGUGCACUGUUGGGUGAAGGAUCACUUGUCUAUGCAAUAAAACAAGAUUUUAUUUUUUAGUUAAUAUAUUUGAUAGUUUCUUUUAUGAUAAUUCCUUCCUAUAUUUAAGUCUGCCUCAGCACAGAAGAGUGAUGUUUAUAUCAUCUGGUUUCAUGUGCCUGCUGGAUUUGCCCAGCUGAUAUGAAGAUCCAUUUAUAAAGAUUUUUCUUGUCUGAAGCCUUUGUGGAAAAACCUCCUCUCAGUGGGUGUUGAGCGUUGCAGGAACAGGGGUGGUGCAAUGUGUGCAGGACGGUUUUUAGAGGUCUGUGUCUUUUGUGGGGUUUACUUGAGCCUUGAUGUUCACACUGACAACUCUGGGAACAGUUCAGUUAAUGUGUAUGGAUAUAAAUAAAGGUCUUAUUUUGUUGUUUGUUUGCCAUGUGGAAGUGGAAUAGAGCUGUGUGAGUGAAAGGCCCUGAGAGGAAGCAGAGUUAAAAACUAUUAACAGAUUAACUUCAUAUUACAGCUGCUAUCUGACUUUUGGCUGUACUACCAUAUAUACAGAGUGUUUCAUGUUUGUAAAUUAAUAUUUUAAUUGGUGAAAGAAGAUGCAAAUUCUGUGCAAAUUAUUUUUUUUCUAUGAUGGCUGGAGAAGCUGGCUUCAAGAGAGUAUAUCUAAUAAAUAUCUCUGAAAACUG